AUGAUUGACUGUUGUGUGAUACUCAUGGUUCAUGAUGUUGGUGAUUUACUUGAAAGUGAAUUAGAUCUGCAUCAUUUUUUAGAAGAAAGUUCAGAAGAUGAAUUAAAUCCAAACUACUUUAUAGCAGAAGACAACGUUUAUUAUUCUUCAGAGAAAGAGUCUUAUAAUUCUGAAUUUGCAUACAGAAUUAGUCCAGAAAUAACAGUUAUAUCAGACAAUAGUGAAUCCAAAGUAGAAGUUAUUUGUGAAAAGGGAAAAUCUAAAGCUAAUCUUAUUGAACUGCAAGUAAUAACAAUUGUAUUAUGA